CAACAACAACAAGUCCUAGAAAGCUAUUGUAGCUAGACAAAUCCCAAUCAUUGAGACUGCCUACUCCUUUAUUCCUCUCUUUCUUGCUGUUUUGAGCCCUCUGGGAUAUCCAUAUGGCAGCCAACUUCGAAGAGUCGUUCGACGUAAUCGUCGUAGGAGGUGGGAAUGCUGGUUUCUCUGCCGCCACAACAGCUGCUCAAGCUGGAGCCCAAGUCAUUCUGGUAGAGACGGCUCCAGAAUCCGAGCGAGGAGGCAACACUUAUUUCACAGCAGGGGCAUAUCGGUAUGCUUUCGAUGGCCUGGACGACCUGUUGCCUAUUCUCUACACAGCCGAGGGCACCAAAGGUCUACCCCAGGAUCUGAUCGACAAGAUUGACAUCACCCCAUACCGCAAGGACGACUUCCAUGCAGAUAUCAAGCGAGUGUGCCAGAAUCGAUCCGACCCAGAACUGGCCAGAGUCCUUGUUGACGGUAGUCGAGGUGCUGUUCAGUGGAUCGCUGACAAUGGUGGCAAGUGGCAUCUAUCCUUCCAUCGUCAAGCCUACGAGGUCGACGGGAGGUAUAAGUUUUGGGGUGGUAUGGUUACCGCAUUCUUAGGCGGAGGAAAGGCUCUGGUCGAGUGGCAUGUUCGGCUCGCAGUCCAGGCGGGUGUGAAGAUUGCGUGGGAUACGACCGCAUCCUCUCUGGUCUUGAACGACGAUAAAACCCGAGUUCUCGGUGUACAAGUCACGCACAACGGCACGACGAGAACGCUCAGAGCUCGAGGAGGUGUCAUUCUCGCAUGUGGAGGUUUCCAAGCAUCCUCCGAUCUGCGAGCACAGCAUCUCGGACGUGAAUGGGCUCAUGCUCACGUCCGAGGCUGCAAGUACAAUACCGGCGACGGGCUCCGUUUGGCGGCCCAGGUAGAUGCACAACCUACUGGAGAUUACCCUGGCUGCCACUCGGUUUGCUGGGAUGCCAAUUCCCCGAUCCACGGCGGUGAUCAUUUGUUGACAAAUCAAUAUACCAAGUCCGGAUAUCCAUUCGGCCUCAUGCUCAAUAUCGAUGGCUGCCGUUUUGUUGAUGAGGGUCUCGAUCUUCGGAACUAUACAUAUGCGAUUUUUGGAAAAGAAGUGCUCAAGCAGCCAGGAUCUCGAGCUUUCCAAAUCUGGGACGAUCAGGGGUUCAAAUGGCUGCGAAAGGAAGAAUAUGCACCAGAUGUCACGACCAUCUUAGAAGCGGAUACUCUGCAAGAGCUGGCAGUGAAGCUUGGUGAUCGAGGCCUGAGGCAUCAACAACAGUUCCUUGAUACCAUUGAAGAGUAUAAUCGAGCUGCGAGAGCGUUUCGACAAGAGAAUCCACAUAUCGAAUGGGACCCAUCGAAAAAGGACGGACUGUCUACGCAAUCUUCCCAAACCAAACUGUCGCUUGCGAAGUCAAAUUGGGCUUUACCACUCGAGACUGGACCAUUCAGGGCGGUCGAGAUUGUCUGCGGCAUUACAUUUACUUUUGGAGGACUAAAAGUGGAUCCUCACACCGCGAGCGUCGUGUCCCGGUCGAGUGGAAAGCCAGUCCCAGGCCUUUACAGCGUCGGCGAGCUGCUUGGUGGUCUGUUCUACUCCAAUUACCCAGGAGGAUCAGGGUUGACUGCUGGAACUGUCUUUGGGCGUAUCGCUGGAGCACACGCCGCCGCUGCGGCUCAGCAAAAUGUCUCCGGGACAUGAACAUCGAACCUGAUCUUGAUCAAUUUAGGGGCAUUUGACUCUAGUCCUAGUCUUGAUCUUCGGCUCCUGAUGUAUUCACAUAGCCCUCCAUCAGGCAGCGGGAGGUUCUGAUGAGCUGCGCACUUCUGAUGUGGCUGCCAUGGAAGUCCGCGCCGACUUCCAAGGUUCCUGAUGGGUGCCCAAUCACCGUGUUGGAUGGGUUCAGGUGCUGCGAAAGCUGAUGAGGUAUAGUUCCUGUCAUUUUGCAGGCCACCCCAAGGUUGAGUGCAAGAGUCACAGGCACAGCCUUGUGGGCCUGUUCCAUGGACAGAG